AUGGAGACUGCCCAUCCGGAGACCUUGCCAGCUCGAGGGGUUGACUCUCCUCCUUCAUUGACUCAAAUCUUAGGUAAACUUGGGGUCCCUAGUUUACCUGGCUUAGGUAUUGCUACCUUGGCAGCCCUUAAAGUUACUGCAGAGGAUGCCAUCAAGGAGACGAACUCAGGAUUGAAGAGGACUCACAAGGAUAGCACUGCCGCAGCUAAUGAGGAAGCACCCAAAAAGGCGAAGAAGAAGCCGACAUUGUCUAGUAAUGGAAAGGCUGUGACGGUGGGAUCAGUUAUACUUAUCCCCAGUGGUCUGGAUGAGCAUGGAGAUCUUAAUGACUCUGCCGGACCUAAGGUGUCUCGUGUCAAGCUGGAUUCAAUGGCCGAGCAAGGUCUUGCCUACGUUCCAGAAGAUGAUAAGAAGCUUCAAUUUAGGGAUGGCUGGAAUGAGACGCAGGUUGAGACUUGGCUUGAGUCUCUGCUACCUGAUGCAUUCAAGUAUAUCCGUGAGAACGGUGAACCAGGUAAUCGUGGAUCGGUUCUUUGUGCUCGAGAUGGCCAGUAUAGUACAAAGGUAGUGCAACAGAAGAAGAUUGUUGGAGCUACUUUGGAUAAGUAUAAGGGUGGAGUUGGUCGACCAGUGAAGGAUCGGAAAAUCUAUAUUGCAUCAAAGAUGGAGAUCCCGGUCGCCAUUUAUUUGAAUGGCUGGGAGGAUUCUACUCUGUCUGGUUCACAGGAUUCUGAUUCUGCAUCGCCUGACUUUGAGCCCAAGAUUAAGAAGGAUGGUGCCAAACCCUCAGAAAAAAGCUCUUUAUUUCUUUCUGACGACGAAGACGCUCUAGUUGGUUCUCCCACUGCAGGCGCACUGUCCAUAGCUACUGGCAUACCUACUGUGACGACUAAAUAUGCCGCCAAGGAGAAGAAAUGUGCCAAGGAGAAGGGACGUGCACAAGAAAUGGACUUAGUACCCGCUACCUCUGAUAUUAUCGAUCUUACAGAGCGUGAGAACAGCCCCUUCUUCUAUGAUCCAAGAAUGUUUGAUACUCCUCCACCCGAGUCUGAGACUGCUAUUGCCGGUCCAUCAUCAAUCACCGGGACUCCAUCUGCUGCCGCUGGACCUUCUUCUACUGGGACUUCAACUUCUGUUUAUGGGUUCAAUGACAGCAGCUGCAAUGCGGAUGCAGAAUUCAUCAGGCUGAGUAAGGCAUCGGAGCCUUUCCUGAAACUAUCCCAGGACCUUACAAAGACGAAAGAGAUGCCCUGGGAUUGGGCUUGA